UCUCUGACGCAGCUGACAAGGUGUCUGCUUGGCUUCGCCCGUUUCACCUCUCGCAAGGUGAACGAUCCAAGGGACCGGAUCCUUGUACCUGCGGAGUUAAUGUUGCCCAGCGAGGCGGAGGCUUUUUUGGGCUCGCCCGGGAUGGAAUUCUGGAUCAGCCCCGCCGCUAGCGACGAAGACAACGGAAACAGCGAUCUGGACGGUAGCGAGGAUCUCCUACCCCCGGAAUUGGAGGAGGUAAUAUGUUCUGAGCGUGUUGAGAAGAUCACCAAGACAUAUCAUGAUAUAGAUGCGGUCACCACCUUGCUGGAAGAGAAGGAACAUGAUUUGGAGUUAGCAGCCCGCAUUGGGCAAACAUUGCUCAAACAAAAUCGGAGUUUGUCUGGACGCAAUGAGUUCUUGGACGAGCAGCUAGAAUUGGCAAAAGAAGAGAUAGCUCAGCUGAGACAUGAAAUAUCGAUGCGGGAUGAUCUUCUCCGCAUGUUUACCAACAGCACUGAAGAGAGUGAGCCAACUUCCAUCACAUCUACCCCGUUACGAAGGAAUGAUUCUUCCUUCUCUUUGCAGCAGGGAUUGCAAUAUGAUCUUCUUCAUCAGAAACUUAAAGGAUUGGAAGAGGAGAAUCAGAAACUGCGUGCUGAAGCUACAAACAUUGCUACAGAAACAUAUGAAUAUGAGGAGCAGGAGCAGAAGCUCAUGCUUGAUUGUAUGGAACAAUUUUCUGAUAGCAGCAAGAAAGUUAUCCUGAUUUCCGAGGAGCUGGCUCUCAAGACAGAAGAUUCAAUCAGGCAACAGGAGGAGAUUAGCCAGCUUCUAGCACAGAUUGUAGAGCAGCAACAGAAGUGCCGUGCGUAUUCUUCUGAAGUGGAGCAAUUGCAGCAGCAACUCGCUGAAGCCAAGGAAAUCCAAUCACAGCUUCGCAGAGAGCUCCAGGACACACAGGAGAAAUACACAGAAUAUGAAGCAAUGUUGCAUGAAGCUAAGGAAGAGAAUAAAAAUCUUCGCAACCGCAGUUUGCCCAACAGCACCAUCCAUCACAGUUCCCCCACCUUCUUACCCUUGGAUUCCCUGGCUGCAGAGAUCAAGAGCACAAUGAGAAAAGGGAUGGACAGCUCUGGGUCAUCUGAGUGCAAAAGCUUAUGGCGUGUGUUUGAGACAGUGAAGGCUGUGAAACGAGCAACAAAAUCUAAAUCGGGAAGGGCAACCCCUUUGAGUCUUCCUCCACGUUCCCCCAGAGCAGCUUCAGUGGCCUGCAGUCACUUUAGCACUCCACGUAACAACCGUUAUGGUUCGGAUAGCCCCAUUAUGCCAGAAGAAAAAUAUCACUUGGCUCCUGAAGUUUUCAAUGCUACCCACCGCGGCGUGGCUGCUACAUCAGGUACACCUGGCCACCAUGUCUUGGAAGCUGCUAUCCAGAGUUUGUCUGCUCGCCAGAAGAACUACAGCGCUGAGCUUUCAUUUUUUGAGAUGGAACGUGAAUGCAAACUGAAGCGCUUGGCUCAGGAGGCGGAGGAUUUCAGUGGGUGUCUGACCCCCAAUGGAAGCAUUGCAUCCAUAGACACCAACUAUUCAGGCAGUUCUGGAACUUCCUUCAGCUCCUACUGUUGCUUCCCUGAUAAGCUUCAAAUUGUUAAGCCUAUGGAAGGUUCUAUGACUCUGCACCACUGGCAGCAGCUGGCCCGGCCUCAUCUGGCAGGAAUCUUGGACCCUCGACCAGGUGUCCUUACCAAAGAUUUCCGCCAACUUGACACUGAUCUUGAAGAGGUCCACAAUCUAAAUGACUUAGAAGAAGAUGACAUUGAUGCCAGCGCCUUGUCUUCCCUUGCUACCUCAAUACCAAUUAAAGCCAAAGAAAGGGCAACUGUUUUUCACUCCGUUAACAAUCUGCCCCAGACCCCGCCUACUUUCACCAUCACCACCUGUUGCAUCAUGCACCCUAGCAAAGAGGUUACCAUGGUGACACCCAGUCUUUAUAAUACAGUUGUGCCGUCUUGUGGGCCCUGCACGGGGCUGAGUCUGUCUUCCCCUCCUCAGUCCCACCUUAAGGAACAACACAGGGAGAAGAAGAAAGAGAAGGAGCUUGGACUGGUGACUCUACUGGCAAAGCAAGGUAUUUGUGCACAGAGCCAAGGACUGGCGCUCGUGUCCCUGCCCUGCGUUAUUAGGGAUCCAACCCCCUCCUCUUGCUUUUCUUCUUCCUUGGUUUCAUUGUGGCACUACCACGCAGAAAGCUUUGUUGAUUGGACUUCAGGACUGCAACAGAAAAAGCCUGAGAAGAGUCCGAAAAGCAUCUUUAGCUUGAACCUGGUAGAGAAACUGCAGCAACUGGGCCUUGAUAAGGUGUUGGCUAGAGGGGAAGCAUCAUAUCUAACCAUACACCAGGAAUUUCACCUGGGAAAGAAUUGUAGCUCUGGACUUGGAAACCAGCAAGAUCAAGUGGAGCAUCAAUAAAAAUGAAGGGGUGUUUGUGUGUCCUACUGCCUGCUUUAGAAAAGCUGGACGAAACUCGGUUGUACAGCUAGAAUAUUGGGUGUACCAAGUUGAGGAGCACUUACGUUCCACUUAGAGCACUGUUUUCUUCACUACUUGUGAAUCACUGUGGUUGGCAUGUCUAUUACAGGGUUACAUUGCAUCUUCAUUCUUCAAUUUCUUUUCCCCUCCUUUUCUCUUUCCCACUGCUGAUGAAAUAUUUCUGUCAAAUGACUGUUUUUAGACCAAUAUGUAGUUGUAUCCCCAAUCCCAAUCCCAUUUCUUCUGCCUUUUGUUGUCAAUUUUAUUCUACUAGAAUUGCACAAUUCUAGUAGAAUUGGGUUGCCCCCUAACUGGGUUAGGGGGCAAGGGGCAAAAGGAGUGGGAAAACCCUUGAACUUCCCAGCUAGAAAUGGCAAUGGACGGACUGAGCAUUGGAAGCAGUGGCUGGAAGUCGAUGGUUAUCUGUGCGGAGAAGCAAAGAUUAGCAGUAGCAUUUCUGCAUCCUCUUAGCUCAUUGUUUUCGGAUUUGGUUUUGUUUUCACCUGUCUCUGCCCUGUGUAUAGUUCUCAGUUUAAUCAGGGAUGGCAGGCUAAAUAGAAAUUUUGGUGGGAAAUUUUAUUGUAUUGUGAGGAGUUGAUACAUUUCUUCAUCCUCUUUUACUACCAAUGCUGCUAUCCUUAACCUUUGUUAACUAUGACAUGGUGUCUAGGUUUUCAUCUUGAUGAAGCCUGUGGAGAUUUUCUCUCUUAAAAGACCUAAUCAUAGUUUAUUAUAAAAAAUAUUGAUGAAAGAUCAUCAGGCUUUGAUUGUCGUUGUAUUAUAUUUCCAAAAUGAAGCAGCUGUUGCUUUCUCUUUGGGGUCUGAGAAUUUCAUUUGGGAAUGUAGAAUUUCCUGUUUCUGAAACAAAAUUCCAGCAUUUUAUUUUUCCUCCCAAUCUACUGUACAAGCUGGAUCCGUAUUUAUGUUUUAUCCACGCUAAAACAGGAAUAGGUCUUGUUCCUAUCAAUUCCUCCUGAAUGAGUAUUCUCGUUCUUUUAAGAAUUAAGCCAAGUUUGCAAUGGCUUCCACAUGUGUCAUGUUUCUCUUUCUUCUCUUGAAAAGAAUGCCUGCAUUUUUCCAUUUAUGUAUGUUAGAUUAAAAAUCCAACCUCAUCCCUCCUGGACCUGCCUAGUUCUGUACUCCUUGCAUGCUCGUAUAUGUGUGUGCUUCACAAAAUGCCAUUUGCACUCCUUCUCCGAAGGCCAGUUUGCACUCUUCCACAUUUACAGUUCUUCUCCUGUGACUUGGCAGAAUUAAAUGAUGAUGCUGUUUCCCUAACCAGUCUUCUGUGUUUUUGCCUAAAUACACACAUUCAAACGUGUACACACUUCACCUGUUGGGAAAACUGAGCUAGAUCACUUGCUUCACCCAUUAAUAUAGCUUAACUGUUUUAAUAGCAAUGACAUUUAGAAGUGAAAGCCACCCCAUAGUACUUUACAGGGCAGUUUAGAAUUGUCCCCAAAAACUCUGGACCCUCAUUUUACCGAUUUUGGCAAGCUAGAAGGAUAUUGAGAUUGUCAGGAUUGACUUAUAGACUGUGGCAGAGUUAGCCUGCAAUAGUGUAUUCUAAUCACUGCGCCUCAGGGCUCAUUUAAUUUAACAUAGUGCUCAACCACCCAUUGUUACUUAUAAAUCAUCGUUUAUUAUAUACUUCAAUGUUAUUCCUGAAUCAUGCUCACAAAUUAAAUGAAUUAUGACACAACAUGACUAGUAAAUUGAGGUGUCCUACUUUGGUAUAAGUGCCUUUGAAAUUUGAAGAUAGGAAGAGUGAUUGUAGAAGAGAUAGAUAAGAAGCUAAGUCCAGAGAGACAUGUCAAUCAUAUCCUGACAUUUUUCAGGCUUUGGGCAUUUAGAUGAAUGUCAGAAAAACCUGUUGUGAGAAAGGUAGGUGGGUAAUGUAGAAAUAAAAUGUGUGACUUCUUAUAUAUACAUUUUUUGAUUCUGAUCAAGGUGAUUCAAAUAUUUUAGACCAACCUGCCUAGAUAACGCCACAUUGGAGGGCUGUUGGUUAGACAAUGAGAGUUAUAAAAUUACAUUACCAUAUUUUUCGGAGUAUAAGAUGUUCCAAAGUAUAAGACGCACCUAGA